AUGCUACUAUCCACUUACGUCGGUAUUGCCAUCUCCAUAGGCAGCUCCAAUGCCUUGAUACAAGGAUUUAACGCUCAAGUACGCAACACUGAUGGAUCUUGCAAGACACAAUCAGAUUGGGAAGCAGACUUCAAUACGACACUUUCGCUUCCAGGAAAUUUCGAUAGCUUACGUUUGUUCUCAUCAUUAGAAUGCAACGCUAUAAACGUGAUUGCACCAGCCGCUAUUGCUACCGGAGGUAAAGUUUUAGCUGGUAUCUCAGUACAACAUCCAGAACUUUUUGCAGUAGAAAAGCAACAGCUGUUGGAAGCUGUCACAAAUCACGGCUCUGAAUGGCUAGCUGCCGUAUCAGUUGGAUACGACGAAUUGGGAAGCGAUGAGUAUAUGUCUAAUUCUCUGGCUGAAAAGAUAUAUGAUGUUCGUGGUAUGCUAUCUACUGUGGUGAAAAACAAAACAAACGUUCUGGUCGGACAUAUUGAUACUUGGACUGCCUGGAUUAAUGAGAAGAACUCGCCUGUCAUUAAAGCCUGUGACUUUAUCGGAACCAAGUUAAACCUUUCACUCCAGAACAACGAUAUAAUUUCGAUAAAAGACAGCGUUAAGGCAUACUAUGACAGUCUUGAUCAAGUUAGGGAAACCGUAGCAGCUACUGGCUCUAACUCAUCAAUCUGGAUUACUGAGGGUGGAUUGCCUGCCAUUAGUAACCCAGUUUUCGAAGUUGUACCCACAAUUGAAAUCGCCCAGGCUAUCUGGAAAAACAUUGCCUGCCCACUCUUUGAGAUAUAUAAUGUAUUCUGGAGAUCUUUGCAACACAAACAAGAAUCAUCCUCACUUGGUAUUGUUGAUGCUGAAGGCAAACUAUUAUACGAUCUAACCUGCCAAUCUUUUGUUUACAAUAAUUAA